UGAACCAGGAUUAUUCAGUUGGCUCAAGUUGCACGCUCUCCCCUGCCUUCUUAGCAUGUGAACUGUGGCUGUGUUCACAGAUGGCUGAAUAUAAGCGAGCGAUGUUCCAGGAUGAUGAAGUCCUUGAUGGGGAUGGCAGCAACACAUCUCCGGACAGUAUAGAGGUGGGCUUCCGAAAAGGUGAUGGCCUCCCAGUGAGUCGCCUUGGCUCCCAAAUCCAGCUGAAGUUGGUCUUCUGGGUGGUUUCCCUCUUUGUGGCUGUUCUGCUUCUGAGUACGAUCAUCGCCAUGGGCAUCCAGUACAGUAAAGAUCCCUCACAUACAACUUGCCUUACCGAAGCAUGCAUCAUUGUAGCUGGUAAAAUCUUGGAAGCUCUGGACCAAGACGUCAAGCCCUGUGAUGAUUUUUACCAGUACGCUUGUGGGGGAUGGAUCAAGCGGAACCCACUGCCAGAUGGGCGCUCCAAGUGGAGUACCUUCAACAGUAUUUGGGACCAAAACCAGGCCAUCAUGAAACACCUGUUGGAAAAUGCCACUUUCAACUCCAGCAGUGAGGCUGAAAGGAAGACGCAGCGCUAUUACUUAUCCUGCCUCAGAGAACAGAAGAUUGAGGAACUGGGGUCCCAGCCACUGAUUGAUCUGAUUGAGAAGAUUGGAGGUUGGAACAUCACUGGCUCCUGGAACCAGACCAACUUCAUGGACAUUUUGAAACUGGUCUCAGCAACAUAUCGAGCUUCUCCUUUCUUCACUGUUUUUGUGGGACCUGAUUCUAAAAGCUCCAAUAGCAACAUCAUCCAGGUGGAUCAGUCUGGCUUAUUCUUACCCUCGCGGGAUUACUACUUGAACAAGACAGCCAACAAGAAGGUGUUGACUGCAUAUCUGGAGUACAUGGUGGAGCUGGCGAUGCUGUUGGGCGGAACCAGAAGCUCAGCAGAAGAACAGAUGUGGCAGGUGCUGCUUCUGGAGACUCAGUUGGCUAACCUCACCGUCCCCCAAGAUGAACGGCGGGAUGAUGAGAAGAUUUACCAUAAGAUGACCAUUGCUGAGUUGCAGGUUCUCGCCCCUGCUAUUGACUGGCUGGACUUCAUCUCCUACUUCCUUGCACCUCUAGAACUAACAGAUGCGGAGCCAGUGGUGGUCUAUGGGAAGGAAUAUUUGGAGCAGGUGUCACAACUCAUCAAUAACACUGACAAAAGUGUCUUGAACAAUUAUAUGAUUUGGAAUCUGAUUCAGAAAACAGCCUCCAGCCUCGAUCAGCGGUUUGAAACGGCCCAGGAGAAGCUGUUGGAGACUUUGUAUGGUACCAAGAAGUCCUGCACACCUCGCUGGCAAACCUGCAUUUCUAACACGGAUGACACAUUGGGUUUUGCCCUUGGGGCACUGUUUGUAAAAGCCACUUUCGACCGACACAGCAAGGAGAUUGCUGAGAACAUGAUUGCUGAAAUCCGCACAGCCUUUGAAGAGUCACUAAACAGUCUUGACUGGAUGGACAAGAAGACGAAGCAAGCUGCUAAGGAGAAGGCUGAUUCCAUCUAUGACAUGAUUGGCUUCCCCGAGUUCAUCCUCGACAACAAGGAGUUAGAUGAUGUCUAUGAUGGGUAUGAGGUCUCUGAAGACUCCUUCUUUCAGAACAUGUUGAAUUUCUACAAUUUCUCUGCCAGGUUUAUGGCAGACCAGCUGAGGAAGCCCCCUAAUCGGGACCAGUGGAGCAUGACCCCACAGACAGUCAAUGCUUAUUAUCUGCCCACCAAGAAUGGCAUCGUCUUUCCUGCGGGGAUCCUCCAGGCUCCUUUCUAUGCUCACAACCAUCCCAAGGCCCUCAACUUUGGAGGGAUUGGUGUUGUGAUGGGGCACGAGCUCACCCAUGCUUUCGAUGACCAAGGCCGAGAAUAUGACAAAGAGGGUAACCUGCGUCCUUGGUGGCAAAACUCAUCCCUUGAAGCCUUCAAGAACCGGACUGAGUGCAUGGCAGAACAAUAUAGCAAAUACAUUGUCAAUGGGGAGCAUGUCAAUGGCAAACAGACAUUGGGGGAGAACAUUGCUGACAAUGGGGGACUGAAAGCAGCUUACAACGCUUAUAAAGCUUGGCUGAGGAAGAACGGGGAGGAGAAACGCCUGCCCUCCGUGGGCCUUACGAGUCACCAGCUCUUCUUCUUAGGAUUUGCACAGGUUUGGUGUUCUGUGCGGACCCCAGAGAGCUCACAUGAGGGCCUGAUGACGGACCCCCACAGCCCUGACAAGUUCCGAGUCAUCGGCACUCUCAGCAACUCCCGGGACUUUUUAGAGCACUUUGAAUGUCCAAUAGGCUCCUUCAUGAAUCCUGGGAAACACUGUGAGGUAUGGUAGGGAAGGAAGGAAGGAAGGAAGGAAGGAAGGAAGGAAGGAAGGAAGGAAGGAAGGAAGGAAAUAAGUUGCAUCUCUGGCAGGUCCUGUACAUACAUCUGUCCAACUGUCCCAUGCACAGUCCUGCUCACUUGGAAGCAGUUGGCAACCCUGCCUUGGUAUCUUCAGUUGGUACGAGUUCUUCUCCUUUAGCACCAGGAGAAGGAGAAGCAGAACCUCUGCAUCCCUGUCAAGGCUACGUUUCUUAGGUCAGGAAGGAACAAAUGCACAGCUUCCCUUCUCUUAACUAAGCCCCUCACUUGCUUCUUCUGUGGGCUCUGCAGAGAAUCUCCAACUCAGCUUCUUUGGCUUUUCUCCCAUCUCCAGUGUACCCAGGGACCCUCCCCAAUCCUUUGCAGUGCCCUGGUACCAUCUUCCUUCUGCUUCUCUAGAUCAGCUUUGCAGCUUGCUGUUUUGGGGAUGGGUCUAGGAACCACACCAAGGAGUAUGCCUUCAUUCGUUGAAUCACCAAGUUGGAAGGUGACCAUCCUGAUUCAGUUGGGAAAUUUGAGCUACAGCUUCCUGGGUUUAUGGAAACUACAGAUACAGCAGGGAACCCUCCCCCUUGAAACAUGACCCUCUAGCAUGAAUCUCAGAGAACCCUACUGGAUCAGAGCAGAGCCCACCCAGUUGAAUAGAUUUGUUCCCAAUACACCAGAAAGAUACUUCUGAGAAGCCUACAAAGAGAACAGAGAGUGUAACCCACUCCUUAGUUGCUUGCAACAUUUGGGGUAAUCAGAGGUACCUUGCCUCUGAACCUGAAGGCAUCAUUUAGCUAAUUGCCAGGGUUCAAAUUUGUCCUUCAUGCAUUUGUCUUGUCUGUUUUAUAAGCCAUUUCAAUUCAUUGCUGUAAAAUCUCCUGCAUGGCUUAUGGUUAGAGCAGGGUUUUUCAAAUUGGGUUCUGCAAAAAAUUGAAAGGGUAUCUCAGGACUAAGGGAGAAAAAAAAAAUCUGUCCAGAAAAGACUGAGAGGAAAAAAAAGUCCCUGGAAGGGACUAAGCCUCUUUUGGCGGAGAGGUUCUUUUUCCCAUAGUCACUAAAGUAAAGUGCAGCAUUUCUCAGUCUCAGCAACUUUGAAAUGUGUGGACUUCAACUCCCAGAAUUCCCCUGGCCAAGG